AAAAAAUAGACCACUCCAACAAAAAAACCACCAAUUCCACAUUUCCACCUCCACCACUUUUCAAUUCCCCUUCCUCUCUCCCUAUCUCUCCCUUCCUCCAACCUCAUGGGUGAUGAACAAGAGCUAGGACUCUCCGAUGAGGGCCCCACAUGGAACCACCUCUUAGGGUCCCACAACUGGGAAGGCCUUCUAGACCCACUCAACGACGAUCUCCGUCGUCUGAUCCUCCGUUGCGGUGACUUUUGCCAAGUCACAUACGACACCUUCAUCAACGACCCUAACUCCACCUAUUGUGGAAGCAGCCGCUACGCUAAGUCAGAUCUUCUUAAGAAAACCGCCUUUCCCGGUGGUUCUGACAAGUACGAUGUCGUUGGAUUCUUGUAUGCUACGGCCCGUGUUAGUGUUCCUGAAGCGUUCUUGUUUAAGUCCAUGUCACGUGAGAGGUGGGAUAGGGAGUCAAACUGGAUUGGUUAUAUCGCGGUUUCGAAUGAUGAGGUGAGUAGAGAGAUUGGGAGGAGAGAGAUUUAUGUAGCUUGGAGAGGGACUACAAGGAAUUAUGAAUGGAUUGAUGUUCUUGGUGCUAAACUCCACUCUGCUAAGCCUUUGUUAUCCGAUGGAUGUCAUGACCAGCAUGAGAACGGAGAAGAUGACAAUGACGACGAUGAAAAAGACGUACACAGAUCACCAAAAGUAAUGAAGGGUUGGCUUACAAUUUAUACAUCAGACGAUCCGAAAUCCCCCUACACAAAACUUAGUGCAAGGGCACAACUUGAGACCAAAAUCAAACAACUAAUUGACAAAUACAAAGACGAAAACCUUAACGUCAUAUUCACAGGCCAUAGCCUAGGAGCAACCUUAUCAGUUCUAAGUGCUUUCGACAUUGCUGAGAAUCUAACAAGGGAUAUCCCAGUCUCAGCCAUCAUUUUCGGGUGCCCUAAAGUAGGCAACAAGCGUUUCAAGGAGAGGGUCGACUCCCACUCUAAUCUCAAGAUCCUUCACGUUAGAAAUGUUAUUGAUACAAUCCCACAUUAUCCUGCUAGACUUAUGGGAUACGUACAUAUAGGAACCGAGCUAGAGAUUGAUUCAAGGAAAUCGCCAUUCUUAAAAGAAUCGAGGCACGUUGGUGAUUGGCAUAACUUACAAGCUAUGUUGCACAUUGUCAAUGGUUGGCAAGGGGUUAGGGAAGAGUUCCGGCUUGUAAUUCAACGGAGUAUCGCUCUGGUUAAUAAAUCGUGUGAUUAUCUUAAGGAGGAAUGUCUUGUUCCUCCGUCUUGGUGGGUUGAGAAGAAUAAAGGAAUGGUGUUGAAUGACAGAGGAGACUGGGUUUUGGCUGGUCCUGAGGAAAUACCUCUUCCUGAAUAUGAUUAAAGCCAAAACUAAUUAGUUAAUGUUCUUUUUCUUGAUUAAUUUUUUUAAUGGGUGCUACUGCUUAUUGUAAUCUUCUAGUUGUGUUGUUUACUUGUUUGCCUGCUCUGGUUGGAGAUUUAAUUAUUGAUUUGUAUUUGUGAGUUAAGUUUGAAUUGUAUCCUAAUCUUUGGCGAUAUAAUACGCGUAUGAUGUUGAUUGGUUGAUUUGAUAUCAUGUAAAAAAUUAUAAAGUUUUUAAUGAAAGUGACACGGGCACAAUGUAGACUGAUUGCCGUGCAA